UUGGCCGCCACCACAUUGUAGACUGCUGACCGCAGGAAAGCACCCGCAGACAUAUCGUUAUUCACAGAUCACCCUAGCUCAUGCUGCAAUAACUGUCCGGAACAAUUCCCCGUGCUAGCUAGUCUACUUGUUACCCAGCGAAGACAGUGAGUGCCAUGUCACAACCAUCGCAUUCGCGGGCCCCGUCGCCCGCGCACUCCAUCGACACCGAGAUGCACGAGCUCAACCACGAAGCGGACUACCUCGACGAGAAGACGCACGUCGUGGCGCACGGGCCCAACGGGACCGACGUCAAGCUGCAGCGGCACAACAGCGACCCCGACGCGCAGGCGAUGGUCAUCGAGUCGCUGCGGUCGCAGGUGCAGGACCUCUUCUCGCAGGUGUCGCAGCUGAACAACAAGCUCGUCAAGUCGUACGACCGCAUGUCCGACGUUGAGGACGAGCUGCACGUCACGACCUCGAACCUGCGCAGCGCGACGCUCAAGAUUGGCGAGCUCGAGCUCGAGCGUGCGCAACACCUCUCCGCGCUGAGCUCCGGACUGCUCGUCGAGAAGGACCACGUCACAACGGAGUUGAACCGCCUCAUGGAGCGCGCGACGGAUGAGGCGGCGCAGCGCGGCCAGGCGGAGAGUGCGCGUGCGCAGAUCGAGAAGGAGCUCGACGACCUCAGCGCGGGGCUCUUCAACCAGGCGAACAGCAUGGUAGCGGAGGCGCGCAUCGCGCAGGCAAGGAGUGAACGGAAGGCGGAGGGGACGGAGCGUGCGCUUCACGAGGCCGAGGAGGUAGUCGGGAUGCUGCAGACGCAGAUGCAGACACUGCAGGCGGAGAAGGAGCGUGCGGACCGGCGGAUGGAGGAUAUGCGUGCUACGAUGGGUAAGGGCAAGUGGGUCGACCGGGUGCAUGAGCCAAGUCCAGCCAUUCGACGUCUGUUGUCUUCGCAUGCACCAUACCAAGAGUACUUGUCCUUCAUCGCGCACCUGCGUUCAAUACGGCCGGCGACUCAACAUCCACCAGCGAUGUCGACGCUGCUCCCAUUGCCUUUCUUAGCUCGGCUAGUGACUGAAGACUCUGAUCCGACGGUCCGGCUGGACCUUGCGCCCUCACUGAACUGGCUGUCGCGGAGAUCCGUUAUUUCAGCCAUCCACGGCGGAGAACUCUCCAUCGAACCCAUGCCUACCCUUGCGCUCCUGCAAGAACUCGCGCCCUCCGCCAUACCUGGCCAAUCACACAAUACCCACAUCUCAUGUGCUCUCUGCGGGACGAGCAUUAUCUCUCCGUCCAACAGUGCCUCAGGUUCGCCCACCACAGCCAACUUUCCGUCUCCGACAUCCCACCGACCAUCCAUCAACAACACCUGGUCCGCAUCCCGCUUCAAAAACUCCCUCGUCCACACCCUCUCCUCCGGCCCCGGCGCGCUCGUGCAAUCGCGUAGCCAAUCCCCUGCCCCGCCCGCGCUGGCCAGCGAGCCCCCCACCACAGUAUAUAUCUUCCGCAUCGCGACGACGUCCACGGGGCUGCCCGUGUCCCUCCCACUGUCUCCGCAGAACAAUACCCAAGCAAAACCGACGAUAUACCCGCUCUGCACGGCGCACUGGUGCCUCACGCGCCUGCGCGCUACAUGCUCGAUGUGGGCGUUCGUCCGCACGGGCAUCGUCGAGAAGAUAUGGGACGACGGCGUGUACAUGCCCCCUGCGAGCCUCCGCGCUGCGCAGCCACCUCCAGCGACAUCAAUGGCACAAACAUGA